AUGUCAAAAAGAAAUCUCCCUCCUCAAGAAUCCUCACAAUUCCUCCUAAGCGAACUGAACGACAGCAAUUCAUCCUUCGAAAAAGACGAGGAUGGGUCAUCAAAGACGUCCAUGAAUCCCAGCGGCAGCGGAGAAAAGAUGACAAAAGCAGCUGAAGAAACAGAAACAGAAUACGAGCAGAUAGCAACUGAGAAGAUCAUGUCCAUCAAAGCGGAAGUUGAGAAGAUUCAGCAACAGAUCGCGGAUUAUAGCAAGGAACAACUACAGGAGGAAUUCAAGAUAUUGGAAGAAAUGUUGAUACAGCAAACGCUGACACUGGAUAAUAUUGAUACUAGAGCCUUAGAUUCUGUGAGGGAGUUGAGAAAAAAUACCAUACGUUUCGUUCAGGACUGCAUGAAGCAGAUGGACGUUAAAUUGAAGUAA